AAUAUUUAAUUAGGGUCAUUUCGUAUUCUCUUCCAAGUUCAUAGAUUUCGUUGAUCGGCACCGCAAAAUCCGUUCACCGGAGCGCCGUAGAUGAACACGUGUCGGGUCGGAAGGUUGAUUCGAAUCUCCGCCCCCAACUCUGCCGUCCGCCGAUUCGUUCCCUCGGCUGGAGUUUCCGCCGGUAACCUUAGAUUCUCUUCUUUCUCCGAUGGUACGGACGCCGGGAGCUUGGCUUAUCGCCACGCGCGUGUGUUCAAGAAACCCAUAUCUAUGAAGUUUAGAUCUGGGCUGUUCAACUCCGUGAGCCUUGUGGGUUUCGUGGAUCGUCCGAUUCGAGUCCUCGAUACCGAACCCGACAGGUUCGGCGUUUUCACAUUGCUCAGAGUGAAAGACCCUCGUGAUCAGAAUCUCAGUUUUAGGAUAUUUCUUCACAUGUGGGAUGGGUUAGCAAAGAAGUGCAUUGCACAUGUGAAGCCAAACGACCUCAUAUAUGUGUCAGGUCGGCUGGUUUCUCAUAGCAUGAGCGGCUUCUAUUACCAGGUGAAAGUGAAUGAAUUGAAUUAUGUUGUUCCAACCAGUCAGGAUCCAGAUUUUCAGACAUCUGGAGAAUCAAAACCAGAAACAGAUGAUGGGAACUCAUUAGAUGCUGCGGAACGAACCGAGAAUCGUCUUUACUUGUGGCAAGUGCUAUUCGCAAACCCGUACGAGUGGUGGGAUAACAGGAGGAGCAAGAAAAACCCGAGGCAGCCGGAUUUUAAGCACAAAGAUACAGGCGAAGCGCUUUGGUUGAAUCCAGACGAUCCCCCGUGGGUUAGAAGACAGCUUCAAUUGCUCGAUCGAAGAACGGCUGCUAAGAACGUCGAUGGCCAGCAAGAAAGACAUCAUUCUCGUCUUUUCGAAUGGAUCUACGACGAAUAGAGUUUGAUGCAUCAUCUCUUUGCAGAUUCUUAGGCAACUUGCAGUGUAGGUUCUUUGCUGUUUCUUGUGAUCCCUUUUAAACCAAACCUUAUUUUGUGUUAAAUUAAACUUUCGAAUACUCACAAAGCAGUAAUCUGCAUGAGUUUCUAACUACAUUUCAUUGACAAGCAGUGUACAAUUAAACUCUUAUAUUAUAUAUUCA